AUUCUACACCCCUCCACCGUUUCUCUUGUAUCACGUAGAAAGAGAGAGAGAGAGAGAGAGAGAGAAGAAGAAGAAGAAGAAGAAGAAGAAGAAGAGGAGGAAUUGGGAAAAUCUAAUUGAAGGAUCGGGGGACGAGUCUCCACCUCAAGGUUGAGAAGGAGGCGUUUCGCUUUUGUCUUUUGAAUCUCUAAGGUGAGUGUGCUAUUUCAUUUAAGUGGCUAGCUAAAAAUAAACUUAUCAUUUUUCUGCAAAUGUUGGAAACUUUGACGGUAGUGAUAUGGAUCAAGUUGCUUGAAACAUGAUUUAUUUCAAGAGCAUGCCAUAGUUGUAUUGUUCGUUGGAAUUGUUUUCUUCUUGAUGUACACAAGAAGGGUAUAAAUUGUCUGUUUGCUGUACACAAACAGGGUAUAAAUUGUUGGAAGUACCCUGUUCACAGGGUCACGGUACCGUCAUAACUCCUGGUUGCGAGGGAAGCAACCCUAUGGUUUCUUGAAAUAUUGUGCUUAAUUAAUGGUUUGUGAAAAAUAACUUGUUUCUUGCUAAAUAUGGUUAGAAGCAUUACUCGAUCCAUGUUUGCUCGUGUAAAUUGUUUUAUGCUUUUUGCUUGAAUGAGGUAGUAACACUCACAAUCCUUUCAGGUAACUGAAGUAGAGUUUUGGUCCACUACUGGUCGAACAGGCUGUAGGAGUGGAGGCGAGGGUUGACUUGGUGUCCUUUUGGCAUAGUACAUUUUGUGAUAUCAAUUUUUGGAGAGUUGCCGUACCUUAUGUGGAUGCAACUCAUCUUGUAAAGUUCUCUUGUAAAUUUUAUUUUGGAAGCCGGUUGUAAUAUACUUAGUUGACAUUGUCUUGCGUUUAUGGAAUGAAUUUCAUUAAGGUUGAUGUUAAGCUUUCAUUAAGACUGAUUAUGUUAAUCCUUCUAGAGCGGGUCGUUACAGUUGGUAUCAGAGCAUAGGUUUUAAAUUCUGUAGACUAGCCGUGUUUAGACUAGUGGUGGACCAUAGGGUGUUUGUCUUGUGUCCGUGGGGAUGGGAAGGAAUAGAAUGAUCAUGAAACAUGUCAUGCAUUUACUUUUGUUAUUUGAGAUGUUAUUUGAUGAAUUUUUGUAUAUCUAGCUAUGGAUGAUGAUCAACAUGAUAAUGCUGGAGGGGGAAAUGCUAGUAAUGCACAAAAUCAGCCGACCAUGGAUGGUAGAAUAUUUGAAGCAAUAAUACAGUUAACAACUCAACAGGCAAAAUAUUUCGAGUUUCAGGCAGCCGCACAAGCGAGUUCUUUAGGGGCACGCACUGAGCGGGACACCAUAUAUAGUCGGUUUAAAAAGCUUGGGCCUACAGAGUUUGAUGGACCGCCUAACCCUCUUGAUGCCGAGGAAUGGAUGAAAAAGUUAGAGGAAAUCUUUCAGAUAAUGGCUGUGACGGAUGAACAAAAGGUUUUAUUGGCUACUUUUAUGUUAAAAGGAGAUGCUCGACGUUGGUGGGAAGUUACCAAACAAAGAUUGUCUGCACCAAUGGCAAAUCUUGAAAAUAAUGAUGCUCCUCCUAUACCUACGGUCAUCACUUGGGCUAUGUUUACCAAAGCUUUCCAUGAAAAGUAUUUCCCAAGGAGUUACCAAAUGGGUCAGAGGCGGGAAUUUUUGAAGUUGGAACAGGGGAAGAUGACGGUAGCAGAGUAUGAAGCCCGGUUUACAACCUUAUCACGUUUUGCUUUGAAUCUUGUUAGCACGGAUGAGGACAAGUGCAGAAUGUUUGAGGAUGGGUUGAAUAUAGAACUUCGGCCCUAUGUGGUAAAUCAACGGUUAAAUAAUUUUGCGGAUAUGAUCGAAGUGGCAACAAACUUUGAGCGGGAUUUGGGGUUAUUGAAUGAACAAAGGGAGCAGAAUAAGAAAAGAACCAACAAUCCAUAA